ACUUUAUAUUUACUGGCAAAACUGACAGAGCAAACUCAGACUUUCUUCUUUCUCUCUCUUUUCCCUCUUUUUCUCUUUUCUAACUGAAGAAUAAAAACCAUUGUGUAUGGAAGUUGUUGGAAAUGAUGCUGUAAAUACAACAGAAAGGAGAUCUUGGAGAUUAUUUCACUGCCUCUGUGGCUGAUUGUGUUUUAGAGUUUUUCUUCUCCACAGAGGAGCAUAUUAAGGAAAAUGAAGGUUUUCUUUUUUCCUUCUUUAAAAAAAAAAAUCCUUAAGGGAAUGUCUGAUAGUUCUUAACGUUUGCGGUUUCAAUCAGCAGGAAGGCACACAAAAAUAAAAGAUGGCUAGCCAGCUGUUUUAACCUCUUGCACCUGGCUUCAGUGUGGGGAUCAUAAGGUUUCUACAGUUAUUUUUUUUACAAAACGAUUUUAAUAUUUAUGGCAUAAACUGGGGAGAGAGCAUUGCUGUGUAUUUUAUUCAAUAGCUGGUUGCUUUUGGAUUACAAAAGUAAACUCAUAUUUAAGUGUUUUCAUUUUUAUGGCAAUGAAGAUAGAGUCAAUGAAAUAUGAGGGAAAUACCAUAAAUCUGAAAAGUGAAAUGUACCUAAGGAACAAAGAAAGGUCAGGUAAACCAACUGUGUAAGUCAAAGCAAUGGCACCAACUGUGGGGAUAGACAGGGAGAGUGGGCUCAGGGUCUUGGAAGUGAAAGUUGCCAUUUCAAGUUAAAAAUGAAGGAAACAUGUUCAGCUCUAUUGUAAUCUUUUGCAGUUUUUAGCAGAUGCGCCCAAAUCUGUUCAUUAAUUUUGAGCUAGUUGGAUUAUUUUAAAAGAUGCUGCACCAGCAAAGGAAACCAUAAAGGAGGCUGAGAAAAUUGCUGUUUAAUAUUGCAGAAUCUACUGCUUCCAUUCUGACCAUGAGCCUAAAUUUACACAAUGAAAUUUGAUUAUCUCUAAUAACAAUAUUAGAUCCUGCACUGGAUGGAUGAGAAUUGAGGUGGUUUUGUUGAUUGCAAGGGUUUAAUGUUGCAUUUCAGAAUCUGAUGUGGUUUGGCCUUCCUUCCAUUAACUGGAAAACCCCUGAGGUUUUACAAUUAUUUCUUAAAGAUAAUACAUUUAAGAUUGCAUUGGUAGGCUGAAGAAAAGUCAUAAAGGCAAGAAGGGAAGCCCUUAAUAACUCUUGAGAUUCAGACAUGUUCAGCAGUUAGAUUGCCUCUGACUUCACCAAGGGUCGACAAUGUGUCAUUUCCACGAAGCCAAAUUGCCCUCUGCCUAUAUGAUAUUAAUGUGCAAAUCAAUAUUUCAGGGAUUAAAUUUCCCUUCUUCAUUUUUUAUGGUUUCUACCUCAAUAAGUCUCAAGUCUAUUAGAAGAGGCUGGAUGAUUUAAAAUCUUUCACUGCAGAAUGGCUUGUCCUAGUCUUGUUUCACAGACCAUUUUAGGAUUUUCGUUAUAAAGACUGAGGGCAUCCUCAAGAAUGUGAAGGCAGUGCAGAGGCAGACUCGAUAGCGCAAAAUCCUUGUUCGAUUAAGAGCUAAGAGGUAUUGGAAAUAUAAUACAUGUUUAUGUAAUAAAUAUAUAUAUAUACACACACACAUUCUGCUGCUUUAAAAUAUUAUGUUAAUCACCUAUUGAUUCAUUUCAAAGUCAAUGAAGUUCCUAUCUUAUUAGUGAUUUCUUCAGCAUUCUUGAGAACUGUGUUAAUUUUCUUAAAGAGUAUGCAUGAAUUAGCUUGGUGUGAAAGUAUUUGGGAGGCUUUUUCAUUUAGCAGUAUUUUCCUAAGAAAUAUUUCUAGAAACCGUUGUUUGUAAGAGUCAGAGUCAAGUGUUGUCAUCUGCAGACGUUGUUGUCAUAGCUAUGAUGGCAUUUUGUGGCCGAAUGAUUUAGCUGCUAUCUGUUAAGGGAGGCCUUUUUCGAUUUGUUUUCCAUUCAUUUCUAGCACGUAGUAGGUACAAUGUUUCUUUUCACCCUCUUGGAGGAAGGCAAUUGUAAAAGAAAAUAUGGGGUUUGCUUGGAAAUAAUACAAAGCAGAAAUUGGAGAGGUCAAAAUAAAAGAUGGUGACUUUAUCACAUAAUCUUGGGAAGGCCUACUGUCUAUCAUUUGGUGGUGUUUUAUAGUCUAAAACCAUCUGGACCAAGUUCCACACAGCUGCACGAAUUUCAUAUGUGAUAGAACAUUUUUUCCAUUCAGUGUGAAAUGUUCCUUCCUAAAAAACGUACACCAGACUCGCUUAAUUUAGUCUGUUAAAAGAAAUGCACAUGAAAAAGGACAAAAGGCUCUUUAAUCUCUGCAAGCUGUUUGUUUUUCUUCAAGAUUCCUGUCUGUUUGGGUUUGAAAAGUCAUGUUUAUUGAGGAGAUGAUUCUGAGGUGUGACAUUAAAAUAAUAUAUGAUUUUUGGACUGGUGGCCACGCUCCUGCUUAAUUUGCAGAACUACUUUUUAUGCCUGUCAAAACACAGAGUUAAUCUAUCCUUAUUUACAAUUAAUCUCAAUAAAAUUAAUCUUAACUAUGCUUUAUUCAGUGGCUUAAAAUAUCUAAUUAUAUUCAAUUAACUGCUGUCAUAGUAAUUAACAUUGCUUAAUUGCCUCUGCAUAUAUUUAUGUAAAGCUCAUUAGGUGCUGCUGGCUCCUUUUUCCUUUUCUACUUGCUAUUUUUGCUGUUGUCAAACCGUUUUCAUCUCCCAAGGUUCGACAAUGUCCGUGAGAGCAAAUUCUUUAACAUUUUCCUGAAAUGAGUGUUACUGCCUUCCUAGGAGAAGAUACUCGUUAUGAGUCUUUAAAGACUAAUCCAUCCCCCCUUUUCCCUCAUCCCUAGCCCCCUGCACACUCACAGGAUAUUUUCUGUCAUUGUUGCUAGAAAUAUGAGAAGCCAGGUUAAGCUUUGUGUUUAGCAAUGAGGAGCCUUUCUGUGUCUGCCUAGGGGCUGGACCCACAGGCAGAGUAUUUUUCCUCUAAGACCAUUCGAAGGGUUAAAGACUUGGCCAAGGUUCAAACUGAAAAGCGCCCAGGGAAAGUGCAUGUGAAUAUGUACAAGUUUCAUGUAAUUAGUGCUUAAUUAUAUUAACAUAUGCAAAUUGUCAACUUAGGAGCUUGUUGAGCUGGCAAAGAUCAGCUAGGCACAAUUGCUGUAUUGUUCUGAAACAAUAAUGGAUUUCAAGUUGGAUUGUGGAAACACAUAACUAGCUAUCUAAUUUAACUCAUACCAUGGUGAAAUUUCAUUAGUCUCCAUGGAGACUGGUUUAAUUGUGCUGACUAAUGUUCUGGGCUGGAGAAUGUCCUAAAAAGAAAGCGUUGUUUGCCUAAUCCACCUUACAAUGACACUUGUUUGUACAUGUUUCCCUUGUGUGAGAAUUUGCAUAUGCAAAUAAAUAGUUUCUCUGCCCCAUUUGUCAUGGCUGUUCAUUACCCAUGAAGAGGACAUUGUUACUAGGCUGUUACUGAGUCUCCCAAGACGGGGUAGUGUCAACCAGUCCAGCUACAUUCUUUCAUAAUUUGUUUCUGAUUAAUAGACCAGAGUGAGCCUCAGUCUCUUUGGGCAUCUGCGAAGGGAAGGUCAGUUCUGUCACAGAAAAGAGUUUCUGCAGUAACUCAAGGACUUUUUCAUCUUAUGAUUAUUCUCCUUUUUCCACCCAUUGGUGAACAUAAUCAUAUUUAAAAUAAUGUAUUCUUGUUCUAAGAAUGCCUCUACUAAUAAUCUCUAGUUUCCUAAAGCAAAAAGAUAGGAAAAGAAAGGAGAUUCUGUUAUUGGAAUAUUAAUCCUGUUUUUGACAGAAAGGUAAACUGAUAUAAUUGCUUUUCAGUUGAAGGAAUGGGGGUUUAUACAAGUGUGAAAGCAUCGGAAAAGGAUUAGCAUUUUUUUGCAUAAUGAAAAGCUCUGUUGAAUAGGGUCCUGAAUGGCUGACUGAAUGACUAAGAUGAAAGGAAGAUGAAAAUGCAGCUCCUCUUUCUUUAUGCCUAUGCUCUGCUCUCUCUAAAGUUAUGUUUGUCCAAGACUUGAGAAAACAAGCAGGGGCUCAGAUUUCAGCAACUUUAUAAGAUGCCCCAAGUUUUCCUCAUCAUUGGGAACUAGUAUGUAUGACAGAAGUGCAGCGAGAGGGUGAUCAACAGAGGUUUGUAUGCAGAAGAGUUUUCAGAAACACGCUAAGCUUGCCAGAUAGUGACUGUUGGGUAUCAAGAAUUCCCAGCCCUUCGCUGGCAAAAACAGUUAUUUUGGAAGGGGCCAGUAGUAUGGUGUGGAUUUUUAAUUCAGUUAAUGAUGGAAUAUCUGGGGGUUCCUCCCCCCAUCGGCUAUAAAUAGCUGUCUUGGUUGGUGGAACACUUCACUUUGGAGAGUUGUGUAUUCUGACUUUUGGCAAUGUUAAGUGUUUUAAGUGGCCUAUCAGCUUUUGUGGCUGGGAGGGGACAGUAGAGGAGGAUACAGUUAUUUUCGUAGGAUUUAAUUUAUCUUCACGUUGCUUUGUGAGUGUAUUUCACUUAGAGAUGAGUCUCUUAAAAAGUGUCUACGUACUGUACGUUCACUCUUGGAAACACUUUCAGUAGGGUUUUCGCUCGUCACCAGUUAGGGCUGUAACUGGUUAGCAGUUGACAAUGUGAUCGUGGCUCUUAAUGAUGUUUCUUCAACCAUAAUUAGGGCAGUUAAAAUACCAUAAGUGUUAAGACACUUUCAAAGGUGGGAAUUGGUUCUUUUGUACAUAUGUAAAUCGAAUGCAGUGUGGAUAAUUAUUUAUAUGUAUACAUUUGGAACAAGCUCUUUCCGGUUUCGGGUCACCAUAAAUGAGCCAUUGUAGGCUGCCCCAGAGCAGAAUUGAAAGAUUUUGCCAGAUAUUCACCUAACUUGUUUUGUUGUUAGAUUGUAGAACUUCUAUUUGCCUCAUCGCUUUAUCGGUUCAGUUGCUGAGGUACUAUUAAGAUGGCUACAUGGAAACUUGGGAAAUCAGAAGUGUUUUCACGUAAAUUAAAGUGUAAGGGUUGCCUCUUGAGUACAGAAUAUUGUAAAGGAAAAGUGU